AUGCCUUCGUCAGAUUCGUCUUCCGCCCUUGGCAAGGGAAACAUAACGUUGAGUGGUGCCGAGGAGACGCUACUUCUUACACUUUAUGCACGCGCAGUAGACGCCGAGUCCUCCCGCCCGAUUCUGAGCGACCAGUAUGCCGUCGAGCUCGCCUCACAGAUUCAGGGCCUGGGAUACGACUUCAAGCGAACUGCGGCAAACACUCUGAGCAAGUCGAUUCUUGCAACUUCAGUGUGUAUGCGCGCUCGCAUGCUGGACAUAUGUACCGAAAAGUUCCUUAGGAAACACCCGGGUCCUGCUACUGUGAUUCACCUGGCCUGCGGCUUGGACUCGCGAAGCCUUCGUGUCCGGUGGCAAGGCGAAGGCCGCAUGUGGAUUGACGCGGACCAGAAGGAAGCGGUCGACCUCCGACGGAAGCUCAUGAAGGAACCCGAGCCGAGCAAGGGCGAAUACCGACUGAUUCAACCCAACAUUCAUGAUGAUGCGUGGCUCAGCGACUACAAAAUUCCCGCGGACCGGCCGGUACUGGUCGUUUGCGAAGGCCUCACGCCUUAUCUUACCGAAUACGAAAUAUACGGCCUGUUUCGACGGAUCGUGAGCUAUUUCCAGCAGCGCGGAGCUCACGGCGAGAUUCGCUUCGAUGCCGUUGGGGCGCUCUCAUAUUAUGCCGUCAACAUCUGGUUCAACGCAACCCUUAAACUUAUGGGAACGAAAUUGACCUACUACUUGAACGAUCCCAGAACCCUGGAGAAAAAUGUUCCAGGGCUGAAAUUCAAAGAGCGAAUGUUUGGAAUGCCAGACCUUCUCACAUUGGGAUUGUUUGGCUGGGUAAUAGGGUUCCUCGGUUGGCUUACGGAUUUGCUCGGUGUGACUGGUUGGAUUGGAGGAGGAUACGGGUUCGAGUUUUGA